GCCGGACGCGUAUCUCCCGGGGUUGUUUUCCGGUCUUGGAAAGUAAGGGAGAGGGAGCCGAAGAGGCUCUGGCGAGCGGAGACGGCCUCCUUGCUUGUUUUAGUCGCCAUGGGUUUCUUGCGGCGCUUGUGUCUGCUGUGCCUCCCCUUGUUCCUCUCGACUCUGAAUACCAUGGUCCUGGGCACUUUGGCGACCGCUGGGCAAGGAAUGGGGUGCCAGAAGUACACAAAUAAAACUUGUGAAGAAUGCCUGAAAAAUGUCACAUGUUUAUGGUGCAGUAGCAGCAAAAAAUGCGUGGAGUAUCCUGUUCGGAAUAUCCUCCCUCCACGUUCUCUUUGUGAGCUGAGCUCUGCACGCUGGGGUGUAUGUUGGGUGAAUUUUGAAGCACUGAUCAUUACCAUGUCUGUAGUGGGAGGAAUAAUCCUCAUCACACUUUUCAUCUGUUGCUGUUUCUGCUGCAGGAAAAAAAAGAACAGAAAGGCCGAUAAAGAGGAUGAAAAGACCGCCAGGGAAAGAGAGCAAAGGAGAGUUCGGCAGGAAGAAAGGAGAGUAGAGAUGAAAUCUAGACAUGAUGAAAUCCGGAAAAAAUAUGGUUUGUUUAAAGAGGAAAAUCCAUAUGCCAAAUUUGAAAAUAACUAAGACUUCUUUUGAAAUAUCCCAAAUAUCAUCUGGAAGUGCUGUCUAUAUAAUGUACAGCUGUGAAAAAAGAUAUGUACAUUAGAUGUCUUAAUUGCAAAUAGAAAAAUGCUCUUAACGUAAGAUGAAGCUGACCAUAACUACAGUGACUGAUAAAGACUGAGAUUAAUGAACAAACCAACAUACCUCUAAAACUCUGGAGGCUGCAAUAUAUUCAUGUUAUUUUUUUUCUAGUUAUUAAGCAGAUGCUUGUGCUACUAUAAUAUUUUGCUUCUUGUGCAUUGUUCAAUUGCCAGCCAAGUCUUAAGCUAAAUUUAUUGAUGAAUCGGGACAGGAUGGUGCACAUACUGUAUCCUUUUCUUCUUUGACCAACAGUUUGAGACAUUCUAAUAUUAAUAGUAGAAAUAAGACAAGGUUUUAAAGAUCCUUGUAUAUACUUAGAAAUUUCCUAUACAAAAAUAUCAUACACUUUAAUAGAUUCUCUGGCAAAAGUGACUAAAUUAUUCCAGAAAGAAAUUGCUCUCAAAAUAUAUUUGUUAUGGAAUUCUAAGGGUCUGCACUUUUAUAAAUUGAUUCUAUAUUUCUUUGCAAAAUAUGUAUAGUCCUUUGUUUUGUGCCUUAAAAAAAUCUACCAGAGAAGUCGUUAAGCUGAAUGUUAAUAAGAGCAUUAAUGUUUAUACUGGCAUUCAUUUAGCCAUAUGCAUUUAAACUGUAAAAGUUCAGUUGCAUUCAGUCUUCUUGAAUUACUUUAAUGUUGUAAUACAAAUUUGCCAAACCCUUUAAUGUAUGUGUAUCACAUUCUAUCCUUAUGUAUCCAAAUGGUAACGUAUUGUAUAAUGUCUGAAAGAAUGUCCUUUAUAACUACAAUGUAAAUUUAUGUACUUUAAGUCUUACUGAUAAAAUCUUUCAGCUUGAUGCAA